UAAACACACGCAAUUAUUCGCGUGUAAGGGACUUUUUUCACAACAUAAGUAGCAUAACCUCAAGUUCAACAUUUUAAGUUUUAGGAAAAAAAAUUGCUGGAAGUUUGUAUAAAACGGGUUAGUGUAUAGUAGGACAAUGCCCCCCAAGGCAGGAAAAGGGGCGUCGAAAGGGGCCGCCAAGGGCUCGAAGGGCGACGACUCGGGUGAAAAAUCCAAAGAGAAAAAAGGGGGUACUGCUGUAAAAGUCAGACACAUUUUGUGCGAGAAGCAAGGCAAAUGUCUUGAGGCUUUGGAGAAACUAAAAGCCGGCCAGAAAUUCCCCGAAGUGGCUGCUGCAUACAGCGAGGACAAAGCGAGACAAGGGGGUGACUUGGGUUGGAUGACUCGGGGCUCAAUGGUGGGCCCUUUCCAAGACGCGGCGUUUGCACUGCCUGUCUCCAAUGUAAAUAACCCUGUUUAUACUGACCCCCCUGUUAAAACGAAGUUUGGCUAUCACAUUAUCAUGGUUGAGGGGAAGAAAUGAACUAUUUAUCGACUUUUAUGAAGUGUAGCUUUACGUCUUUUUUCACUCUUGUAUUAAUUGUAAAAAUAUCAAACAAAUAAAGAAGACCAAUUUGAAUUGUGA